AUGACGACAUCCCCCCGCGACACACCGCUUUUCCUCAACGGUGGCGGCAUGAUGGAGGUGUGCGGUGCCUCAAAUGUUACCCUGAGAGAGUUUGGCUGCGAGCAGAACCUACUGUCUCGACCUGACGGAUCUGCGUCCUUCAUCCAAGGAGACACAAGUGUGUUGGCUGGAGUGUACGGACCAGCUGAGGUCAAAGUCAGCAAGGAGAUCUAUGACCGGGCAACGUUGGAGGUUUUGAUACAGCCCAAAGUUGGUCUGCCAAGCGUAAGGGAGCGAUCCCAGGAGCAGUGUGUGCGAGAAACCUGCGAGGCGUCUCUGCUCUUGUCGCUCCAUCCUCGCUCCUCCCUGACUCUCAUUCUUCAGGUGUUGCAUGAUGAUGGUUCACUCUUGUCCUGCUUUUUGAAUGCCGCCUGUAUGGCUCUCAUGGACGCAGGCCUGCCUAUGAGUUGCCUGUUCUGCGGCGUGACCUGUGCCAUCGACGCAGACGGUCAAAUCAUCACAGACCCCACGGCAGCUCAGGAAAAGGAAAGUCGAGCUUUGAUGACCUUUGCAGUUGACAGCACAGAAGGCAGAGUAUUGAUGUCGUCAACCAAAGGAUCCUUUUCAGUUCACGAGCUGCAGCAGUGUAUAGCCAUCAGUCAGAAAGCAUCAGAGAAGAUCUUCCAGUUCUACAGGGACUCUGUCAGGCGGCGAUACUCCAAAACCCUCUGAUCAAGAAGCAGCUUUCUUUUUCUAAAAUCUUUUUUUUUUUUUUUUUUUUUUUUUAAAUAAUGCAUACAAAUACGGAUGUUGUGAUAAAAUAUUAAGCAACCACUUUGGGCUACCUUUGCUUCAGUUCAGUCGUAGUCAGCUGUGCUGUGGCUGAAACAAGUGAUCUAGGAGGUUGGUGGUUUGUGGGGGGGGUGAUGGGGUGAUGGGGUGUUACAAGAGGACAUUUGAAAGAAGACCAGAUUGAACUGUCAGUGCAGAAUAAAAAGAGUAAAGAAGAAUGUCGAACAAGUGCAUUUAUUGGGAUUCAUUGAUUUUCCUUCGGUUUAAUAUGUACAUGUAACACAAGGAAGUGAACUGGAAAAGAACUAAAUAUCUGUUGUACUAAUAAACUUCUUUUGCCACAA